AUGGAGCCUGAUGCCUCGCCCAGAGCAACAGGUAAGGGGGAAGCCUCUUGGUACCCUGGCGGGUUUGAGGCCAGGCUCGGGGAACCCGCAGCGAUCCGAUCUCCCCAGCUGAAGCGCGCUCAGGGGGCGGCGCCGCCGCCGGGUUGGCCCCACCUCACGGCGGCGUCUCGGGUUUCAAUGGCACAGCUCGGCUCGAGAAAGCUCCGGGGGCCCCUGCGCUGCAAAACAAGACCCCACGUUUGCGUGAAAGUGCUUGCCGUCCUUAAUAAACAGGCACCAGGCACCAGGCAACGCAGCAAAGAUAAGUUAGUUCAGAGCUAUCGGCACCCCUGGGGAAAAGAAGUCAAAGCGGCACACUUUUACCCUGUGGAUAUUUUGGAAGAUAAUCCCGAAAUGGUUCAAGAAUCCACUUUGGCCUACUAUUCCACAUUUGGAGAACAAGCUGGUACUUCUCCUCCUCAGUACUAUUCUCUUCCUACCGGUGAAAAGGUUAAACUUGAAGAUGCCUCUGUUUGCUUGCUUCCUUUGUACCGUGAUGAACCUAAACAUAAAAUAUUGGUUUUGGUUAAUCCCCAAGACAAAAAGACAGUCUUGGCUGUUUACCUGAAUAAAUCCUGGUGGUCCACAGAAGAGAUAAUGAAAACAUCUGAUCCUUCAAGAGAAGGUCUAAUACAAGUCCAGUCUUUUGGAGAAAGGAUUAUACUUUUUAUUCUUAACUACGUUAUUUUUGGAAGAUUGGAGAGAAAUUUGGAUGAUGACAUGUUUUUUUUGCCACAUUCUGCUAAGGAACAUGCAAAAAUCCUAUGGAGGAAUGGAGCUGCCAUAGCUUUUUAUACCAUCAAAAUGAAAGGUAGUCUGUGUGGCAGGAACACCAGCAAGUGCUAUAUGUUACCUGUGUUGGACACUGCAUUUGUCAGGAGAAAACACCGCAGAGAAGGUCUUGGGAUGAAAAUGCUGCAUGACUUCUGUCAGACUUUUGAGACUGAAGAUGCCUUAGGGAUCAGCUGCCCUAUUUCUACUGCUAUGUACCAAGUUUGUCAGAAGUUCUUGCUGACCUAUCCAGAGGAGCAGGAUCGACUCUGGGAAGUGGAGGCCCCAGGAGAUUGGGGCCAGAGGGUGAAUAUUUGGCUAAAGAUUCAGCUUGAACCAAGUCUUUCCUAUAGGAAAGUGACUCGUCAGGAAAGUUCAGAAGAGGCAGAGAGCAGCCACAGAGAAAAUUUCCAAGAUGAUGAACUGAGACCAUCAGAUAAUGGAGAAAUGAACAAGGAUAGUCAUAGUAGAGAAGCAAUAGAAGAAGUAAAGGAGAAUAAAGAUAGCUUAACAAUAGAAGAUGAAUUUGCUCCACAGCUUCCUAGACAAGAAAGCCUGAAUCAAGAGAUCCAUGAUGGUCAGUGGAAUGCCAAGAGGAGUUCAGACAAAGCAGAUAUAGUUGAAAAUAAGCCUGCUAAACAGGUCAGGCCCAGUUUCUGA